UUUCGGCGUGUGCUUGAACUGCUUGUUUUGAUCGGGAGCAACUUUGUCACUUUACGUGACUUCGGAGGGGUGCUGUCAUGCCACCAAAAGGCAAAGGAGACUCCAAAGGCGGUGCGAAAGGUGGCAAAUCUGCCGGCAAAUCGGAAGAAGCCUCCGAUUCCAAGGGGAAACAAGCAAAGGGUGGAACCGCCGUCAAAGUCCGACAUAUUCUCUGCGAGAAGCAAUCAAAGGUGCUUGAAGCUCUGGAGAAAAUUAAAGGUGGCAUGAAGUUCAACGAGGUGGCAGCCACAUACAGCGAAGACAAGGCCCGGCAGGGUGGGGAUCUGGGCUGGAUGACGAGGGGAUCUAUGGUGGGACCUUUUCAAGAUGCAGCGUUUGCACUUCAAGUCAGUACCUUAGCGAACCCCGUUUACACAGAUCCACCAGUCAAGACGAAGUUUGGCUACCACAUCAUAAUGGUGGAGGGGAAAAAGUAGUGAUCUUAUUAACUGUUCUGAAUUUUUGCCUCUGUCUAAUAAACUGCCAUCCUAAGUUAAA